AUGCUUCAGCGCUGGGUCCGGCAAUGCCGCACGCUGGAUCUGCCGCAGUUCGGUGCGAUACCGAGCCAGGUCGGCAGGCCCGGUACGCCGAGGGCGCCUUCCCGCGGGGCGGCGGCGUCGCGCAUGCGCUGCGGAGUGCUGGGAGGCGGCGCGGCGGUGGGAUCGCGCAACGGUGCGAGGGCGCAGCGGCGGCGGAGGACCCGAAGACACUCGUUCGCAGAGGAGGAACUGGCGAGCGAAGGUCUAGACAUGGAGUCCAAGGGCAUCGGAAUGCAGACAUUUCUGGACGAGGCGCUGGAACCCGACCCGCUGGCGGUGGGUCUGGACGAUGCCACGCAGGUGCUAUUGGACCACGCCGUGGCCGCGCUGGAGGGCGCCGGAGCGCUGGGCUCCGGGGUCGAGGCCCAGGCCGUGUGCGGCGCCAGGGGCCGCCUGUACACGUUGCUACGUCUCCAGUAG